UCUUGGGUAGGGAUUUCAUAUUGUUGAUUCUGUUGAUCAAAGGAUUCAGCGUAUACUUCGAUGUCUUCAUCCUGCAGUUGCUGGUAGUAAUUUUCUUCGUAAUCCUCAAAUUGAAAUUCUCCAGAUUCCAUUACCCGUUAAUCGAUCUUUGUAUCAAAAAUGAUACAUUUCGAUGUUUGUAGUACCGUAACUUGAGGAAAGAAAAAAGUUAGAUACCGCCUUCUUUGUGACUUUGUUUAUUUUCGCAUUGUCGUUAUUUUAAGCCAUAAUUUGAAAAAAUUUUGCAAGUAGGCCAUGAGAAAUUCAAAAACUUCAUAAUUCGAGCUAUGUAUCAAUUUUGAUACAUAUAGCAUUUCAAACGUUUUUUGCUGCGGUGCACGUCAUUUGCGACGCUAUUUUUGAUAUUUGUGUUGUGUUUUAUUAGGUUAAGUGCUUCUUUUUUGAAUAUUAAAUUAUUUUGUUAAAUACUUGUACGCGUUCGAAAAAAUGGCUCGUCCACGGUUCUUGACGUUUGAAGAAAUGGUGAAUGAGGUACUGGAUGAGAGUGAAGAAGAUGAAGAUGCUUCCGAUCCUGAUACUGAAAUUGAAAGUAGUUCGUCUGAAAGCUGUUUAUCUGAACCGGAUGACAUUAUUGUCAGUAGUUCAGUUGAUGAUCCAUUGUAUAUUGCAAAAGAUGGUACUACUUGGCGUAGCGAGCCUUACGCCACUGGUCGGUUGGGGAGAGAAAAUGUUAUCAAUUUGCGCCCAGGUGUAACAAGAUUUGCAUCAAGCCGGGUAAAUAACAUUCGGGAUUCAUUUCUGCUACUUUUUCCAUCUUCACUAUCAAAAAUUAUAAUUGAAAAUUCGAACAACUACGGAAAGUAUUUACAUGGAUCCAACCACCUAGAAAUUGACGAGGAAUUAUUUCAUGCCUACUUAGGCAUAUUAUUACUGGCCGGUGUGUAUAAAUCCAAAAAUGACACUUUGCAUGAUUUGUUUGAGGAAUACUGGCCUCCAGUAUUUUCAAUAUUUCGGUCAAUAAUGUCUGAGAGAACAUUUUUAUAUAUCCACAAAAUCAUUCGUUUUGAUGAUGUGCUCACCCGACGUGGCCAAAGAAAUGAUGACAAAUUCGCACCAAUCAGAAACCUUUGGGAAAAGUGGUCUGAACAGCUUCCUAUAUUCUACAAUCCUAAUGAUUGCGUUACUGUGGAUGAACAAUUAUUGGGAUUUCAUGGUCGUUGUAAAUUUCGCCAGUAUAUUCCAUCGAAAGCCCAGAGAUACGGUUUGAAAUUUUGGCUACUUGUUGAUUCACGCACGUGCUAUGUAUGGAAAAUACAACCAUACUUGGGGAAAGGCGUAACCGGAAACACUGAGAGGAAUCAAGGAGAACGAGUCGUUCUGGAUUUAGUUGAUGGGUUGAAAGGACAUAAUGUCACCAUGGACAACUUUUUUUCAUCUCACAGCCUUGGCCAAAAAUUAUUACAAAAGCAAAUGACAAUGGUUGGAACUAUGCGCAAAAAUAAAAGGUCUAUUCCUCCAAAGCUACUGAAUUGCAAGAAAGUUCCACGAUAUGAAUCAACUUUUGCUUUCACUCCUGAUACCACUCUCGUUUCGUAUAUCAGUCAUAAGAACAAAUGUACAGUUGUUAUGAGCACAUUGCAUCACGCACCUAAUAUUGAGAAUGAGUCAAAAAAGUUGCGCGAAAUCAUCUCUUUUUAUAACUCAACGAAGGGAGGCGUGGACACGGUUGACAAAAUGUUGAGUUGUUACUCUUGCAAACGUAAAAAUAAUCGUUGGACUAUGGCGGUAUUUUCCAACAUAAUCGAUAUUUCUGCUUUGAAUUCGUAUAUUUUGUAUUAAGAUAUUGAUCCGAAUUGGAAGCAAACUCAAAAGCACACAAAACGUAAAUGUUUCCUGCAUGAGUUAGCAAUUUCAUUGGCAAAGCCCUAUAUGGAAAAACGAAAAAAAGGUCCAAGGAACGAAUUAUCUUUGGCGCUGCUUUCCAAACUGUCAUCCCAGAAUAUUCCUGACACUAGUGAUAAUGAUGCUGGCCCAUCAAAAAAACAAAAGAAUGAUAAGUCUCCGAAAAAAAACCGCGCAAGGUGUCAAAAAUGCUAUCAUUCUGGAGAACAUAAAAAUAAGUGGACAUCGCCAUUCUGCUUCUUAUGUAAAAAGCCGUGCUGCAACGACA